UUGCUCCACUCGGUAAUAGGUUAAGCAAAGACAUUGCCAUUCCAUCUGUUCAACCACUCAUUGUUCUUCUCGCCUGCCUGGAAGUCUGCAGCUACAAUUGUUGUUACUGCUGGAGCUGCCACAGAAACCAAUGUCUUUGUACUUUCCUGCUAACGAAUACGGGGUGGUUUGCAUUCAAGAAUACAGGAAAAGCAGCAAAGUGGAGUCAAGUGCACGGAACAGCUUCAUGGGCCUGAAGGAUCACCUGGAGCAUGACCUUGGCCACCUUUAUAUGGAGAGCACUGACCCACAGAUGAGUGCAGCUGUAACUUGGCCUAUGGUAGAGAAACCAACAAUGGAUACAGUCAAUGCGGGGAAGGAAGGAAAAGGGGUAUCUGAAGAGAAUGCGAGCUCCGGUGACUCUGAGGGAAGCGCGAGUUCUGAUCAUGAGUCAGAACAACUGAGUAGCCUCUCGGUCGAGCCAUGCUUAUUAACCAAGACUCACAGACAGCUGUGUCGCUCUCCCUGCUUAGAGCCUCACCUACUAAAACACAGCGACAUUCUACAAGACUUUAAACCAGAAGAGUCCCAGACUCCAUCCAAGGAAGUGAGGAACCCCCCUGAUGUGGCUCGAGAAUACCAAACAAAGCUGGAGUUUGCACUUAAGUUAGGUUAUUCUGAAGAACAGAUUCAGCUUGUGCUAAACAAACUUGGUACCGAUGCUUUAAUCAAUGAUAUACUGGGAGAACUUGUCAAACUUGGAAAUAAAAGUGAAGCCGAUCAAACAGCUAGUACUAUUAACAGCGUAAUGCGAGAAACCUCAUCCCUGGAAUCUCAGAGGUCUGAAUCGCCUAUGCAAGAGGCUGUAGUAGAUGACGGUGAGAAUCUGAGACCAGUAGUUAUUGAUGGCAGCAAUGUGGCAAUGAGCCAUGGAAACAAAGAAGUAUUCUCCUGCCGAGGAAUAAAAUUGGCGGUAGAUUGGUUUUUGGAAAGAGGCCACAAAGAUAUCACGGUCUUUGUUCCUGCUUGGAGAAAAGAACAGUCCAGACCUGACGCCCUUAUCACAGAUCAGGAAAUUUUACGUAAACUAGAGAAGGAAAAAAUCUUGGUAUUCACGCCAUCACGACGUGUCCAGGGCAGGCGAGUGGUGUGCUAUGACGACAGGUUCAUCGUGAAGCUGGCUUUUGAGUCUGAUGGUAUAAUUGUGUCCAAUGAUAACUACAGAGAUUUGGCAAAUGAAAAACCAGAAUGGAAGAAGUUCAUAGAUGAGCGGUUAUUGAUGUAUUCCUUUGUCAAUGACAAGUUCAUGCCCCCAGAUGACCCUCUUGGCAGACAUGGCCCAAGUCUGGAUAAUUUUCUGAGGAAGAAACCCAUUGUUCCUGAGCACAAAAAGCAGCCUUGUCCCUAUGGAAAGAAGUGUACCUAUGGACACAAGUGCAAAUAUUACCACCCAGAAAGGGGCAGUCAGCCUCAGCGGUCAGUGGCUGAUGAACUUCGUGCCAUGUCUAGAAAUACAGCAGCCAAAACUACAAAUGAAGGGGGACUGGUGAAAAGCAACAGUGUUCCUUGCAGCACCAAGGCGGAUAGCACUUCGGAUGUUAAACGAGGUGCUCCAAAGAGACAGUCAGACCCAAGCAUAAGGACUCAUGUCUACCAAGACAUAGAGGAGAAGCUUCCCACCAAAAACAAGUUGGAAACCAGGUCUGUACCUUCCUUAGUUAGUAUCCCGGCCACUCCUACUGCAAAACCCCAAAGCACUACACCUUUAAGCAAUGGCCUUCCAUCUGGAGUUCAUUUCCCACCUCAGGAUCAAAGACCACAGGGACAAUACCCUCCAAUGAUGAUGGCAACCAAAAAUCAUGGAACGCCAAUGCCUUAUGAACAGUAUCCAAAAUGUGACUCCCCUGUUGACGUUGGAUAUUAUUCCAUGUUGAAUGCAUAUUCUAAUCUGAGUAUCUCAGGCCCCCGGAGUCCUGAAAGGCGUUUCUCAUUAGACACUGACUAUAGGGUGAACUCUGUAGCUUCAGACUGCAGCAGCGAAGGGAGCGUGAGUUGUGGGAGCAGCGACUCCUAUGUGGGGUACAGUGACCGCUCCUAUGUCAGCUCUCCUGACCCACAGCUGGAAGAGAGUCUCAAGUGUCAGCACACGCACCCCCACAGCCGCCUUAAUUCCCAGCCCUUCCUGCAGACUUUCCACGACCCCUUAACCAGAGUUCAGAGUUACAGUCAUGAAGAACCAAAGUUCCAUCACAAGCGUCCUCUUCCACACUUGGCUAUGCAUCUGCAGCACCCUGCCGUGGGUGCCCGCUCCAGCUGUCCUGGCGAUUACCCCUCUCCACCAAGUUCAGCACAUUCGAAAGCACCACACCUAGGGAGGUCCUUAGUGGCCACGAGAAUAGACAGCAUUUCUGAUUCUCGACUCUAUGAUAGUUCUCCUUCAAGACAAAGAAAGCCUUAUUCUCGCCAGGAAGGUCUAGGAAGCUGGGAUAGGCCAAGCUAUGGGAUGGAAGCAUAUGGCUAUCGGCAGACUUACUCCUUACCCGAUAAUUCCACGCCCCCAUGCUAUGAGUCGAUCACCUUCCAGAGCCUGCCUGAGCAGCAGGAGCCCACCUGGAGAAUCCCCUACUGUGGAAUGCCACACGAUCCUCCAAGGUACCAGGACAACCGAGAGAAGAUUUUUAUCAAUUUGUGCAACAUCUUUCCCCCUGACCUCGUGAGGCUUGUCAUGAAACGGAACCCUCAUGUGACGGAUGCCCAGCAGCUCGCUGCAGCCAUCCUAGUGGAGAAAUCGCAGCUGGGUUACUGAAAGCAUGACGCAUCUUGGUGGUGUUGAGUAGCUUUUGUUCAGCUCAGUUGCUGAGGGGGGUUUGCUACAAUAGCACGUGUGAUCUCCUUCUCGGCAGGGAGGUUAUAUAGUAUCCAUUUAUGUGAAGUAUUGCAUCAUGGAAUCUGUAUGGAACCCACUUGGUGGGCUUAUCACUUAUCACGGGAUUGCUUUACAUUCAAACUUUUUUUUUUUUUUAACAUUUCCUUUUUAAAGCUAUACACUUGGCUGGAAAUUUCUCCAGUUUGAUUUAAUAGAUGUAUGUGUGAUCUUUGAUAUUCCUCUUUGGUGCAUCAGGGGUUUAUAUGCAGCACUUUUUAUCCUUGUUUCCUGUCUUAUUAACUUGGUGUUUGUCUGUCAACUGCAAGCAAUUGCAGUACCUUCAGAAUGGGGAGGUACUGGACUAGACCUAGCAAACUAUGUCCUCAAGCCAAGCGUAACUAGAAUCCUUUACAGCUUUUUAAGUUAUUUUUAUUUGGGGAAAGUGGGCUUCUUUGUGCUAUAAUCAUUAUUUAUAGGAACAAAGAUAUACUACAGCACUGACUUUAUAUUUAAAAAAAAAUGUAAGCUUCCAGUUAUGUUAAAAUGGAAAUAGUACAUAUUAGAGUGAUUCCCGGUAUGGCACUUUUUAUUAUUUUAUUUUUGUUUGGAUGUUUCCUGUUAAGAAAAUUAGUUAUUUUAAAUGGUCAGUUUAAAAAAAAGCAGAUGCAAUCAAUGGAAAAAAAUGUUUCCAUUUUCUCUUUUAUGAAUAAGGCAAAAGCUGUAACUAUUACAGGUUAGGGCUUUGCUUUCUAACUGAAAUGUGCUUUUUGACAGUAGAAAUGGGAUUGAAGUCCUUGGUUUCCAUUAACAUGCAUUUUUAACCUCUGUCUUUUUGUGGGAGGCACAGUACUGGGUGAAUAGCCCUUUCUCAGUACUUGCCUGCUUUUAAUGAAUCCAAGUAUUCUCAAUGCAACUUUUAUAUUUAAUACACUCUAGCUUCCUGCUGUUUAUUGAGGCUGGCCUGAGGUGGUCUGAUGUGUUGAGGAUAUGCAACAUUUACUGAUACUGCACUAUAGAAAUGGCAACGGAGGACUUGUAAAUGGUAACUUAAAGUUUUUGUAAGAUACUGUAUAUUUUCCAUUUUCCUGAAGGUAGUUUUUUUGGGGAGCCUGCUAUAUUAUUAAGGCCAGACUCUUGCCACAAAUAGUGUAGUUUUAGAUACAGACUAAAGUCUGUUCUAGUAUUAGUAAGGGAUAUUUCUGGUUGCAAAGUCAUGGGUUUUGCUUGCUGUAGUGACCUUUCUGAGCAUCGGAGAUGGCUCUAUGGCCAGUGCAGACAGCGUUGGGAUGGACAGAAGCUGCCUCUGAUUUUACUUGUUGCAGCAACAAGUCCAGCUCUGCUCCUGUAGUCAGCCUGGAUGCUUGGUCUAGAUGCUUCUGCAGUCUGAGAGAGGCAAAGCCCUGGAAACCAGAAAGUACCUUUUACUGUUGAUACAAAUUGUAUCUUUUUAACAAUAAGAACUAUUUUGAUUUGUAGAUCUAGUUAAAAACACAAAUGUGUAACUAUAAUUAGACUUUUGGGCAACAUUUUAUCCCUUAUUUAAAUAAAAAAAAAAUUAAAGGAAAAUUGAAGUCUAGAAUAGGAUAGAAAAUAAAAGUAACAAGGUGAAUAAAGGUGUCUGUCUUAGUUUUAUAUAUUAAAAUAUAUUAAAUAAAUUUAUUGGCAUUUUCUUUUUCCUAAAACUUACCUAGUGUGAACUUAACUUAAAAUAAAGGUAAAAUGCUGCCUGAAAAUAAUGUCCAAGCAUCUUCGACUAGGAUAACAUUUUCACUACUUGUGUGACACUGUGUGUUGCAUGGAGUAGGAUUUGGGUACACAGUAAAUGCUUCUAAACAGCAUUGUGCAUAUUAGCAUAUCCAAUAAUCUGAACCAUGUUCAGCAAACUUAAUUCAGGAAAGUGAUGUUCUACAGUUACUGCUGUUGUGUUUGAGUGAGCGUGGCACUCAUCUGUCCCCAGAGUGCUGCAGGUGGUGCCACCCCAGCCCUCCCAAGUGCUGUGUCUGGGAGUGACGCAGCCGACCUAUGAAACUGUCCUUGAUUCUCUCAGUCAUGAUCUGAAGGACAAGUUGAAAUGUGGAGGCUAAGUGAAUGCCAAGAACAGGGUUGCAAAUGUGGGAUUCCUCUUACCCAGGAACAGGGUUGCAAAUGUGGGGUUCCUUUUACCCAGGAACAGGACUACAAAUGUGGGGUUCCUCUUACCCAGGAACAGGGCUGCAAAUGUGGGGUUCCCCUCACCCAGGCUACCCAGCCACAUUGUGAGGCUAGGCUAGGAAGUCACUUAAUGAACAUGUCACUUUUGCUUCAUAUUAGCACUGUGAUUGUUUGGAAAUGGGCAUACUUGACUAAAAUGAUUUAAGUGAGACCUUAGGUAAAAAGGAUAUGACUUAAAAUUUGGCCUUCUUACAUUUUUAGCUGAAGUUGCCCUCUUUUUCAUCUUUACUAUAAUCUCUGCCAGUGUGUGUCAUGGAGUGGGUAGCUCUGACCCACCCACUCCUACAUUUCUCAGUGCCAUUGGCUAUGUGCUAAGAAAAGGUUUUCUUAUGACAAGAGGGCAGUCUGUCCCCUCUGAUGAAGCACCAAUGCUGCUUUCAGAUGUUAAGAAUAAGGUAACUGGCAGAUUUUAUCUACAUCAAUUUCUCAAAAUAAAACAAAACAAAACCCUCAGGUAAUAAGUAAAAGGAGUCCAUUAUCAAAUUUGUAGCUGAUCAUAAACCUUAAUUUUAGCUAGAAUAUUUCUUCCCAAUCUCUAAUUUCUAUUUAUCAGACUAGCUAAGAUAAAUAAAUAAAUAAACAACCUGAAAUGGUGUGCUAGUGAAUAAUAAAAGUCAGAAUUGGUCAGCUGAUUAAAAAGGACUCAGACUGGAAUAUUCUGCCCCUGAAUAAUAGAGAGUCAACUGUACUUUAUGCAGUAAUAGCAGUUUGCUGUCCCUGUGUCUUAGUCCAGAGGGAAUAGUACCUAACUGGCCAAAAUGGCCCUCAGAAUUUCCUCUUUUCUUGCAUGUAAUAUAGACAUUUCAGUCUUGUUAAUCCUAAUGGGAGUUUGUCACUGACCUAAACAGUGAAAGUAAUGGUCGCCAGUAAAAUAUUUGAUACUGGUGACAACUUGAAUUUUUGUUUUUAUGAAAAUACAUUUAUGAAAAUAUGUAAUUACCUAAAGAGGGUGUUUUAUAUAUACACAUUUGUUAUGAAGUAUUAAAAAUAGGGGGUUGUCUUUUAAUGGAUAACAUUUUCCUGAUUGAACGGUGUCUUUGAGUUGUGAAUGACCAAGCCUAGGGUCUAUUUGACCAAUGAGAAGAUUCAGAACCUCUUACAUGGAAAGAAACACUUGGUUUUAUUCUUGGUAUUUUUAAAGAUUAUUUUGAUAAUUUUAAUAGAAUGUGUAAUUUUUAAAUACACAAAAGUAGUAUUGAUUAUACAAAUGAUUAUUUAACAUGUCUUUUAUGGAUGUAUCUAUAUGUAUAUAGACAGUAAUAUAUUUAUAAAACAAUAUACUUCAUGUCGUAUUUUUUAGUUUGUAAUGAAUGUAAGUAUGACUGUGUGUAUGGGAGUGAGCACGCACAUGUGUGUACACAUGCACACACAUAUUGAUAUGUCUGUCUGCCUGUGUUUGAAUGCUGAAACCUUUUUCCCUGACUUACUGGGAUUUACUCUAAAAUGUAUUUGGGUUUUGCUCCUUUUACUGCCCUUAUUCCUUAUUCAGGAUAAAAUAAGAGGCACAGUUUUCUAGUCUGUCUGUUGCCAGAUGGCUCUUCCAUUGUAUUAAUCUCUAAUUCUUAGAGAAUGCCUGACAUCAAGCAGAUUAUGGCUGGAGAUAAUGAUUAUGUUCCAAACAUAUUAAAAGUGAACCCCCGCUGUGAUAUGAAAGUUUCAGGAUCCACACCAAUGGACAGAAUAAGCCUAGAAGAUAGAGUCAUCCACACACCAGAGUUCGAGGAGGUCUGGUACCUGUGACGAGGAGGAUGCGUGUGUUCUAGAUGCUCUCUUUGUAGGAUCUGGUAGUCAAUAAUUCAGGCUUCUCUGAGAAUCAGAUAUUCUCUUUACUGUACACCUUUGCCUUUACAGUGUGACAGCCACAGGUAGCAUAGAGAUGAAAAUGUAACCUUUUAAAUAAAAUUUUAUUUACAGAAACAAGCAACAGGCCAGUUUUAACCUGUGGGCCAUUCCCCAGCCCUGUCUUUGAGAGAAGAAAGCCAGACAUCUUAAGCAGUAAACUCUUGUGCAUGUUAAUAUAAUCAACAAUAGCUGUAUCUCAGCAGCCAUCUAGAGGCAGUAUGAUAUAAGUCACUGGUGUCCUUCAGAAGAUGACUGUGCAACAGUCACAUCAAAGCAUUUGUUAAGUUCAUCGUACUCAUCAUUUGAGAUGUCACUUGUCUAGCCACCAAGAAAUCUAUAAAAGAAAGGUGUCAGUAUUGGGAAUUUUGCUUAAGUUCUUAUUUUUAAAUAGGACUCCUUUAUCGUUUGUUUCUUAGUGGCCUUGUGGGCCAAAAACCAGUCUUUUUAAAAACUCAUUCACAUUUUUUUCAAGAUUGCAUUUGUCAGUUACAUUUUUCUGUUAGGUUUUUGUCUUCUGAUACUUAACAGACUUCCCCUUCUUUACAAGUGAUUUUAAAGAUUAACACACUGUAACUUCACAGUUUUAGAUUUUUCUGUAAUGUUUAAAACUGACUAGACCAAUGAGUGUAUUUGUUACAUUGUCACUCUUAAUAAGAAACAUGCCUCUUCUGUCUAAAUGUUCACCAUGGAGUGUUUAGAUACCUUAGGGACUGUCAGGGGAGUGAUAUUCUCAUGGUCACCUGUGAGUCUGAACUGAUUGAAGGUACACACCACUGAGCAUGCUCGUUCACACUGCUUCAUUCAUGGUAUCUCAGCAAUAACACUAUCUUUACAGGAUUGUUAAAUAGCUACGAAAACUACCGCCUACUUAAGUAGUUACACCUUCUUUUAGAAUUGGAGUGCAGUCCUGGCUUUAUCAGUGUUGAUGUUUUAUCUGUUAUGCCCUCUCACCUCCUGCCUGUCACCCAUGUUAUGUCAACACUGUCAUAUUUAUACGUGGCUUUCCCCCUAGGAUCCUCAAUCCUUCAGACCUAAACACAACUUCAGGUUUUGACCAUUUGACAGUAGAAAAUGUCUAUGCAUGUUUUCAAUCCUUACAAACCUGUAAAGUUUCAUAUCUUAAUCCAUGUACUGAACUUUCUGUCCAGGUAUUUCAGGUGAACAACAAGAUGUUUCCCAGAAAAGCUUACCACUUCUAACUAAAGCAGCUCAUGUCUUUAAGAAAAAGAAGUAUGUGGUUGUUUUGUAAGGUAUAAACACAUACAUUGGUAUAUGUAUGUGUGUGUGUGUGUGUGUGUGUGUGUGUGUGUGUGAGUGUAUACUUCCUCUGGCAUUUUUUAAUUAUAAAUUUUCAUCCUCUUGUGAAAUACUCGCAAACGGUCAGAUACUGCAGACAGGGUUUGCCCCCACUGACAGGUCUUCUACUCCUCCCAACUGUAGCUGUAUGCCAGUAGAGAUUUCCUUACUCAUCCUUCAAGCUUUUCUUACAGGAAAAAUAAGGUAAUGAAUAUGUUUAGAGCAACCAUUUUAUAAACAUAUUAUUCUGUUUAUCACUAUCUGUUCUGUAUGUUUCUGUAUAGAACUUUUACAAUUCCAAAAACAGUGGAAAUAGCGAUAUGAUUCUGCCAUGGGGGGGGGGAUUCUAAAAUAUCCAUUUUACUUGUGGUAGGUGGUGGUUACAUGAAAAAAAAAAUAGAUCUCAUAUGACAGCAUAGAUGCUAAAUAAACAAAGCAUUUCCUUUUCUGUUCCCCUGGCUUUCUCAGAUUCUGUGAUUAAUGACACUGGGCUACUCUGAAAGUUGUACACAUGUUCAGCAUUGAUGUAAAUGUUAGAGCCACAAUGAAUUCCUAUUAAACUGAAAUUAAAUGUCAAAAACUAGU